CAAAUUAGCCUCACUCACUGAUGCGCGGACAGCGAGGAUUCAUUGCUGAGGUGAGAUCUCAAACGACGACCAUGAGGGUAGGUUUCGGCGAAAUCCUCCAUUUGCUAGAAAGAUGCAGAAGCAUGAGGGAGCUUAAAAAGAUACAUGGAUUGAUGAUUACUACCUCACUCAUCAGAGAUAUCAUCUCUUUAAGUAGACUCGUUGAUUUCUGCGCAAAUUCCGACUCCGGCGAUCCUGGCUACGCUGCGUUGGUUUUCCUCCAGAUAGACCGUCCCAGUGUCUACAUAUGGAACUCCUUGAUCAAAGGAAGCUCUAAUGGGAAAAACCCAGAUGAUGCAUUGUCCAUGUACAGGAAAAUGCAGCGACGAGGGUAUUCCCCUGACCACUUCACCUUUCCCUUCGUGCUCAAAGCUUGUGCCCUGAUCAACGAUCGAAAUUAUGGAAUGUGUGUUCAUGAUCGCAUUGUUAAAACCGGGUUUGAAUCGGAUUUAUAUGCUUCUAUUAGCUUGAUACACAUGUACGCAUCCUGUACUGAUAUGGAAGCCAGUGAAAAACUGUUUGAGAAAAUUCCCAAGUGGAAUGUGGUAUCUUGGACUACCCUCAUUGCCGGUUAUGUAAACAAUAAUCAAGCUGGUAAAGCUGUGAAUGUGUUCAAGGAGAUGGAGCUUCAGGGAGUCCAACCAAACGAGAUCACCAUGGUGAACGUCCUAGUAGCCUGUGCACAAGCAAGGGACUUAGAAACUGGAAGAUGGGUCCAUCAACGUGUCCGUCAAUCAGAUUCGAAUGUUAUUCUUUCAACCGCCAUAGUAGAUAUGUAUGCAAAAUGUGGUUACUUAAAGGUUGCGAGGGAUUUGUUUGAUAAAAUGCCUCGCAGAAAUGUCGUCGCUUGGAAUUCCAUGAUUGGUGCUUACAAUCAGUAUGAUCGGUCACAUGAAGCAUUAAGUCUUUUUGCGGAUAUGCAAAAUGCAAGGUUAACUCCAGACGAGACCACCUUGUUGAGUGUAUUGGGAGCUUGUGCCCACCAUGGAACAUUGUGUCUAGGUCAAGGAAUUCAUGCUUAUAUUGAGAAAACCCACAUUGGCACAGAUGUUGUUAUUGGGACUUCCCUGAUGAACAUGUAUGCCAAAACAGGAGAAACACAAAGUUCACUCCAGAUCUUUAAUGGGUUACAGAAGAAGGAUGUGACUGCAUGGACUAGUAUGAUCAUAGGUUUGGCCAUGCACGGCCGUGGUGGAGAAGCAUUGAAGCUUUUUAAAGAGAUGCAAAGGGAUAAAGAUGUUAAACCAGAUCACAUUACCUUCAUUGGUGUUCUGUGCGCAUGUAGUCAUGCGGGAUUGGUUAACGAAGGCCAAGAGCUCUUUCAUUCAAUGAGUAUAGUGUAUGGUAUAGCGCCCACAGUUCAACAUUACGGAUGCAUGGUGGAUCUUCUGAGCAGAGCCGGCCAUUUAACAGAGGCAGAGAGAUUAGUAGAAUCAAUGCCGAUUGAACCCAAUAUCUCUAUAUGGGGUGCCCUUCUGAAUGGUUGUGAGGUGCACAACAAUGUCAAUUUAGCUGACAGAGUAGGAAACCACAUACUCCAAUUGAAACCUCAUGGAGGUGGUGUUUAUGUACUUCUUUUCAACAUAUACGCCAAGGCAGGAAGGUGGCAAGCAGUAGAGAUGGCUAGAGAGGUAAUGAAGCUAAAGGGAAUCGAGAAAACUCAUGGAUGCAGCUAUAUUGAGGAAAAGUCCCUAACCAUAUGAAUUCCCUACACAGGAUU